GGAAGAGAAAAGCUGUUCAGUGUUCAGGGAUGCAGAGCAUCAGACUAAGAGAAAUGGGCAUUGGUGCUCUGUGUUCAUUGUACGUAGGAAAUGGUGUCCUGAUGUGUAAAUAGGCGCAUGAUUUACUUGGCAAAUACACAUCAUUUAAUAAAGACACAUAUUGACGUGGUGGCGAAAUAUAAAAUGCAUUAUUCAGCCCAUGUGUGAUAUUUGGUACCUUAACUUCAUCUGCCCCAGGUAUGUUGCACAGCAACACGGCUGAUAACAGACUCGCCAUUCAGAUGGAGAAGAGGGGUGUAUAAUCAGUCUUCAUAGACUUGUGAUCGGUUGGGACACUGGUUCAAUAAAGGAACGGAAUAACGGACUUAUUUUCUUUGCUCUUUGUAUUGCUCUUCAAGCCUGUUUGUUCUGUCAUCAUGUCUCUAACACUGAUGAGGGCAGCAGCAGUAUUUAUUUGGGUCAUCUAUCGUGUUCUGGGGGAGCCGUCGUCAACAGCAUCAGCCGCAGAAGAACAGCCUCCUAGCAAAAUUGCUGUGAUUGGUGCUGGAAUUAGUGGCUCAGCUGCAGCUUAUUAUCUGAGACAGCAGUUUGGUCUGGAUGUGCAAAUUGAUAUUUAUGAAAAAAGUGCUGUUGGAGGGCGACUGGCUACCAUCACAGUCAACAAUCAGCAGUAUGAGUCUGGAGGUGCUACCAUACAUUCGCUACACCUGCAUAUGCAGGACUUUGUCAAAGAAUUAGGCCUGAAACACCGCAGAAAUAUUGCAGGGAAAACUGCAGUGUUCAAUGGAGAGCAGCUCAUCCUAGAGGAGACAGACUGGUACCUUCUGGAUCUUUUCCGACUGUGGUAUCGUUAUGGAAUCAGCUGCCUGAGGCUACAGAUGUGGCUCGAAGAAAUCAUGGAGAAGUUUAUGAGGAUCUAUAAGUACCAGGCUCAUGGAUAUGCCUUUACCACAGUAGAGGAGUUGCUCCAUUCUUUGGGUGGAGAUCGUUUCAUCAACAUGACUCGACGUUCAGUGGCUGAGUCUUUGCUGGAACUAGGUGUUUCUCAGCGUUUUGUAGAUGAAGUCAUUGCAGCUGUUAUGAGAACUAGUUGUGGACAAUCUGUUUCCAUGCCUGCUUUUGCAGGUGAGUGUUUCAAGAUUUAAACCAUAUACAUCACC